AUGAAUAAACUAAACCCAAUGGAUAUUCUUCCAAUCAUCUGGCCUUAAAAAAUAUCUGCGAGACAAUAAGAAAUAUAAAGAGUUAAAUAAGAACUCAUGUAAUUAAAAAAAGAUUAACCAAAUCUGGCUUAAUCCAUUAAUUAUACGAUCUAAUAUUUAGCGUCGCAUGCUCCAUAUAUUGAUGUUGUUGUUUCUUUUCAAAAUUUGGUUGAUAUCAAACAUCCCAUUUAUGAUUUACUUAAUUAUUUAAGUACAUUCUCAGAAAAUACAUUAACACAAGUAGUUAGAAAAGUUAAUUUAAAUGAUCUAAAUUCUGAUUCUGAUGAAACAGAUUUUACAUAUAGUGAUCCAUAUGAAGAGAAGAAAUAACAAUUUAAUCUUAAAAUGAUGAAACGAGUGAGUUUUCCUAAAUUAUAAAAACUAAUUAGUGAUAUAUAUAGGUUAGAAAUGUUAACUAAAAUAUAUUCAUGGAUUAACUAAAUAACAUAUGUUGAUUAUGUUAAGGUGAGUGUGUCAACUAUCAAGAAAGCAUUACAAACUGAAUAUAUAGAUGAACUAACGAUAAACACUGUUAUUUAAUGUGCAAAAGGUUCAUAUUAAUGUGUAAAUUAAUAUUUAUAAGAUACACCAAAAAUUAAGAAAUUGAAAAUAGCACUUCAUAAGAUAGCUUAAUUACAAGAUGUUGAUCUUUAAGUACUACUCACUUUAUAAGAAAGUGAUUAAAAGCCUAUUAAAGAAUGUGUUUGGACUAGAUAAUAGGUGAUCUAAUGUAUUUUAUUAUUUUGCUUGGUUUAAUGUGAACUUCUAAUACAUGAUUCUUAAUUUUAAAUUAUAUAAUCUAAACCUUUUUGUACUUUUGAAAUUUCUUGGAAUGAAUCAGGAUUUAGUUAAAUAAGGGAUUAUUUCCCAAAAUUAGCCAAGAAACUCAAUAAAAGAUAUAAAAUUUUGAAAGAUAUUCCUUUUUAUGAUGAAAAAACUAAUAGCUCAAUAUUUAUCUAUGCUCAAUCUUUGGUUGGAUAUUAACAUCAUAAUUAUCAAAAUUUUUAAUUAUCAGAUAAUCUAAAGUAAACGAUAAAAGACAGUUUAUAAAAUUAAAAUUAAGAAAAAAAUUUAGCUCUUCAAAUAAUUGUUUCAAAUGCAAUUAUGUUUGCAAAAUUACUUAAAGCAUUAAAAUGA